GCGGACGUCGUCUCGUCACUUGCAUUUCGUAUUUCGUAGGCAAGUCGUUUAGCACACAUUAAAUUAUUUUCUGUUUUUACAUGUGGUAAUUGCCAUAUAAGUGAUUCAAUUUAAGCUGAGGGUUAAGCUAUAUAAUCGGCCUAAAUUUUCACAUAGAUUCUGAUCGGUGUAAUUAUUACUUGUAGGAGCUGCUAGACUGUGGAGGUUAUAGUUGCGCUUGGUGACCAGUUAACAAUUAAUUCGCCUAUUUUAGUAUGCAUUUUUAGACUGAUCAAACUUUACUCCAGCCUUUAUCUCGUAUUUCAGUUUUAGAAAAAAAAUCAAAUACACCCAACCACAGCUAACUUAGGCCAAAAAUGGAUGAUGAAAAUGAGGUGUAUGAUGAUGAAGAAACCAAAACUGUUAGCCAUGGAGGUAAAAAGAGCAAUAUACUCCCUUUAUGGGGGAAUGAACGAACCAUGAACCUGAAUGCUCUAAUUUUAACAAAUAUUCAAUCGUCACAUUACUUUAAAGUUAAUCUGUACGAGCUCAAAACAUACCACGAGGUAAUUGAUGAAAUCUACUACAAGGUUAGUCAUUUGGAACCAUGGGAAAAAGGUAGUAGAAAAACUGCUGGACAGACUGGAAUGUGUGGAGGUGUUCGGGGGGUUGGGGCCGGCGGGAUUGUGUCCACAGCCUAUUGCCUGCUCUAUAAGCUAUUUACCUUGAAGUUAACUAGGAAGCAGGUAAAUGGGCUAAUCACCCAUCCCGAUUCACCUUACAUUCGUGCUCUCGGUUUUAUGUACAUCAGAUACACGCAACCACCCGCAGAUCUCUGGGACUGGUAUGAUGCUUACUUGGAGGAUCCUGAGGAAAUGGAUGUUAAAGCUGGUGGAGGUCAGGUGAUGACUAUUGGAAACAUUUUGAAGAACUUUCUGUGCAAACUGGAAUGGUUUUCGACCUUAUUUCCUCGGAUUCCAGUACCAAUUCAGCAAAAGUUGGAGAAGAUGAUGAAUGAGAGGUUUCCUCCACCGGCGGCUGGCACUGUUGUGGCUCGUAAACCUGCUGCUCCUGUAGGUCGUCACAUUCCCGAUGAAGAGGCUCACUACGGCCAGGCUGAGAAGGCUUCGAGGAUACGCGGGGAGCCAGACAAAGACAGACGAGGGUAUAGCAGAGAAAACGACGAUAGACGAGGCUACAGCAGAGAACACGAUGACAGACGAGGAAGCAGUCAGCUAGACGAUCGCAAGGGAUACAGUCGUGAGAGAGACAGGGAGAGACAUGCGGAUAGUCGUGGAUACAGUGCGGACAGAGACAAGGACAGAGCUAGGGAAAGAGACAGGGAUAACAGGGACAGGAGGGACAGAGAUAGGGACAGGGACUACGACCGGGACAGGAGAGAUCGCACCAGGAGAGACAGUCCAGUAAGAAGAAGAGACGAUGACAGUCGGUACAAAAGGGAUAGAGACAGUCCUCCAAGAAGAAGAGAUGAGCAUGAUGAUAGGCACAGAAGAGACGACUAUGAUGAUAGACAAAGACGAGACAGAGACAAAGAUAGACAUCAUCGUCAUCGACACUGAACACAUUUUGUAAGGACUCCGCAAUUUCGACAUUGACAACAAUUUUCAGUUUGCCAUUUUCCAACUAAAUGAUGUGAAAUAGAUUUUUUUCAACUUUACCAGACUGUAUUAGUUAUAAUUGUGACAAGAUAAAAAAGGGACUAUUCUUUUAUAA